UUGCAUUUCCUCUGUCCAGUUAAAGGUAGACUCGCUGUGUGCAUCCACGGGCAUUUCUUCCCGCAUGCAUGAACAGGAUACCCUGGCACGGGUAUAGCUUCCAACGCUUGUUUUUAUUUAAAUACCGCUGGUCUGGCUUUACACAGCGCUGAACCACGGCAGUUUCCAGAACAGGCCGGCCCCCUUUUUUUUUUUGGUUUGGCAACCCUGACAGCGAGUUGAGUCGCGUCUGUCAUUGCUGCUUAACAAGCCAGUUAGUUCAGCAGCUUGCAUUUCCCAGUGAGAGCCGAGGCGCGCACAGCACCGCUGUUUUACAGGUCUGCUCAACCCCACUCGCUUGCUUCUUCAAAACGCGUUAAAGGUUCCAUGGCAACCAACCACGUUUACUGCAACACAAGCUCCCCCUAGUGGCCGGACCGGUGUAAGACAGAGAGCCAAUCAACUUGGAUGUUAUCGAAGUAAACCAGAUCUUUUCUAUGGAUUCCCGCUGUCCUGGGAGAGGCUUGAACUUCGGUGCCAUCUUUUGAGUGUGAAACGUCUUCCCCCCUGAAAAUGGGUUCAGAGAACGCUGGACUGUCCCGGAUCUUCAGGGAAUACCAAAACAACGAGAUCAUCACCAUACAUUACAACUACACUGGGAAGCUGCAGGCCAGCAGGUACCAAGGAGGGCUCAAAACCGAGGCUGUCGUCUUCUUGUUCAUCUGCACCUUGAUUGUGCUGGAGAACCUGGUGGUGCUCAUAGCCAUCUGGAAGAACAAGAAGUUCCACUCCCCCAUGUACUUCCUUCUGGGGAACCUCACCCUGUCGGAUCUCCUCGCUGGGGUGGCCUACGCUGUCAACAUCAUCAUGUCCGGCUCCAACACCCUCAAGCUCACGCCUCUGCUGUGGUUCUUCCGCGAAGGAGGGGUCUUCAUCACCCUGACAGCCUCGGUGGUGAGCCUCCUGGCCAUCGCCAUCGAGAGGCACGUCACCAUGGUGAAGAUGAAGCUCUACCACGAAGACAAGAAAGGCAGGAUGUUCGCCCUGAUCUCUGCCAGCUGGGUGCUCUCCAUCGGCCUGGGCGUCCUGCCCAUCGUCGGGUGGAACUGCUUGCAGGAGCUGGAGCUGUGCUCCACCAUCCUGCCCCUGUACUCCAAAAACUACAUCCUCUUCUGCAUCAGCGUCUUCAUCGUCAUCCUCCUCUCCAUCCUGGUGCUCUACAUCAAGAUCUACAGGAUCGUCAAGCUCAACAGCCAGAGGUUCGGGUCCCAGAGGAAAGGGGUGGCCAGGAAGUCCCAGAAACACAUGGCCCUCCUCAGGACGCUCACCACCGUCGUGGGCACCUUCAUCGCCUGUUGGUUGCCCCUCUUCGUCCUGUUCCUCUUGGACGUCUCCUGUCAAGUUCUGAGGUGCGGCAUCCUCUACAAAGCAGACUACUUCUUGGGCCUGGCGAUGCUGAACUCCCUGCUGAACCCGAUCAUCUACACCCUGACCAGCAAGGACAUGAGGAAGGCCAUCCUCAAGCUGCUCUGCAAAUGCCUCCUGAACUCCAGGGAUGGGAAAGUCAAGAGGUUCCUGGACUGGAGCACCAGCAAGUCAGAGAAGUCUUCCCACCGGCUGGAAGGCAUGGAGGUGACCGUGUCUUCUGGGAACGCCAUGCCAUCUCCGAUUAAACCCCUCUAUCCCAAAACCGGGAAGUCCUGAGCUGUGCCUGUUCAGGAAAAACGGACGGACUGCAAGCAUCGACCACCCAUAUUGGUUCAGCGGUGGUCGUCGGCCAUGGCGUGUUGGCGACCCGUUUUUUGUCGCGGCGCUGGCAGUGACGCUUUGUGAAACUGCAGAGGCUGUGUUGAUCUUUAUGAGGUUCACAGCAAAAGCCAGGCUGAAAACCAGCACAGACCAUGCUGGACUAUACAGGCAGUGCUGGGACGUUGCUUAGGGACAGUGUUUGUCUCUCUCUGGGGCAACUUGUGAUUGGAUGUAUAACAGAGGAAUAUAACGGUGAUCUGGCACUGAACCACACACCCUGCCUUACUGCUAACUGUUCCAUGAUCAUUUGUGAGCUCGGACUGCCAAAUACUGCAUGUGUGUGUGUUUUAGGGGACCCUGUACUUCUUCAAUAACAGUUUGCUGUAUAUCGCGAGGCGUGCAUGCUGUUCAAUGCCAGGGCUUAAAACUCAAAUUAGCACCCAGGCCUCGGUUUCAGAAUCCUGAGUUAACUAUAUUAUUGAAAUGAUCGGGAGCCAGGAGUUUGAGCAGGGUUAGAAACUCACACUAGCCCUGCUGCUGCUGCUGCU